AUGAUUGGAGUUCAGGCUUCCCUGCUUUUGGCUCUGGCCACCAGCGCCUUCGCCGCCGGGCUCGCGGAUUACCGAGUGGGAUACGGUUUGCCGUAUGGCACGUCCUACUCUCUGCCUGCCUCAUCCUCCGUGGUGUCCGCGCCCGUGGCCUACCACGCUGGCCCAGCCGUGGCGACAUAUCACGGCGCUCCAGCCGUCGCCGCAUACCACGCCGCUCCAACCAUCGCCGCAUACCACGCUGCUCCAGCCGUCGCUGCAUACCACGCCGGUCCAGCCGUCGCGGCUUACCAUGCCGGUCCAGCCGUUGCGACGUACCACGCCGGUCCAGCUCUAGCAACGACGGCCUACAAGACCGCCGCAGUCGUCGCCCCGGGUCACUCUACCGUAACCAGCUACCAGACCGCUCCCGCUGUGACCGCCGCCGUCGCUGCUGUGCCUUCGUACACCACGUACAAGGCCGCUCCUGCAGUCACUCGCUACUACCAGUCCGCUCCAGUGGUCGCCGCUCCCACCUACACCAAGGUGACUAAGCUGGCAACGCCAGCCAUCGCUACCGUGGCGUCCAGCCCAGCAUUCGCCACCUACCAGACCGCCCCUGUCGUCACCCGCCAGUACCACACCGCUCCCUUCGUCUCGUCCGCGGUCCACUCCAUUCCAGCCGUGACCUCUGGAUAUACCAAGGUCUACCAAUCCGCUCCUUCCGUCGCUACCUACCGCACCUCUCCGGCUGUGACCCGCGUGUACCAGAGCGCUCCAGUCGUCGCCGCCGCUCCGGCCGUCGCCACCGCGGUCCACUCCGUCCCCGCUUUCACGUCCGGAGUCACUAAGGUUUACCAGUCCGCUCCGGCUGUCGCCACCGCUGUUCACAGCGUACCUGCUGUCACUACCGGAUUCACUAAGGUGUACCAGGCCGCUCCUGCCGUAGCCACCUACCGCGCCGCUCCGGCUGUGACUCGUGUCUACCAGAGUGCACCCGUCGUCGCUGCUGCUCCCGCUGUCGCCACCGCAGUCCAUGCUGUUCCAGCGUCUGUGGCCACCAAGGUCUCCACCUACCAGACCGCUCCCGCCGUCACGCGCUACUUUCAGAGCAGUCCUGUCAUUUCAGCUACCCCAUCCGUCGCCACCACCAUCCACGGCGUGCCAGCACUGACCAACUAUGCCAGCUAUCGCACCGCACCCACCGUCACCCGUGUCUACCAGGCUGCUCCAUCUGUCGUGGCUGCCGCUCCAGCUGCCACCUAUACCGCUGUCCACGCUGCCCCUGCCGUCGCCACCGCAGUCCAUGCCGUCCCAGCGACUGUGGCCACUAAGGUGUCCACCUACCAGACCUCUCCCGCCGUCACGCGCUACUUUCAGAGCAGUCCUGUCUAUGCAGCUACGCCAUCCGUAGCCACCGCCAUCCAUGGCGUGCCAGCGCUGACCAACUAUGCCGCCUACCGCGCCGCACCCACCGUCACCCGCGUCUACCAGGCUGCUCCAACUGUGGUGGCCGCUGCUCCAGCUGCCACUUUGACCGCUGUCCACGCUGCCCCUGCCGUUGCCACCGCAGUCCAUGCCGUCCCAGCGACUGUGGCCACUAAGGUGUCCACCCACCAGACCUCUCCCGCCGUCACGCGCUACUUUCAGAGCAGUCCUGUCUAUGCAGCUACGCCAUCCGUAGCCACCGCCAUCCAUGGCGUGCCAGCGCUGACCAACUAUGCCGCCUACCGCGCCGCACCUGCCGUCACCCGCGUCUACCAAGCUGCUCCAACUGUUGUGGCCGCUGCUCCAGCUGCCACUCUGACCGCUGUCCACGGUGCCCCCACCGUGACCGCCGUGCACACCGCCCCUGCCGUGACCGCUGUCCACACCACCCCUGUGGCAACCACUCACGUUGCCACCGCUGUCUCCAGAGUGACCAAGGUUGACCCCUUCCACGUCAGCGAGCAACACACCGUCCACACUAGCCCCGUGGCUACCGCUGUGGCUCACACUCCCGUCUCGACCGUAUCUCACGUGCCAGCCUUCGGUUACGGAGUCGGAGCUCUCGGAUACACCCAUGGCCUGCCAGUCUACGGUCACAACUACGGAUACGGACUCGACGCUGUCGGCUACGUCGCCAAGCUCCACAAGAAGAAGUAGAGGAGUGGAAACGAAAAAGGAAGAACACUGAGUCGCUGUUGUUACCUUCGUUUUUGGAAGACUGCAACAAGCAUUAUGAAACCUAGAGCAACA